AUGUUAAUGCAAAUAAAAAUGGACAAUCAUCCUUUUAAUUUUCAACCUAUUUUAGCUUCCCAUUCAAUGACAAGAGACAGUACAAAGCCAAAAAAAAUGACGGAUACCGCUUUCGUGCCAAGCCCUCCUGUAGGGUUUAUUAAAGAGGAGAACAAGGCUGAUUUGCAUACAAUUUCGGUAGUUGCUUCGAAUGUGACUCUACCGCAAAUUCAGCUCCCAAAGAUUGCAACACUUGAAGAGCCUGGUUAUGAGAGCAGAACUGGCUCACUUACAGAUCUUUCUGGAAGAAGAAAUUCUGUUAAUAUAGGAGCAUUGUGUGAGGAUGUUCCAAAUACUGCGGGCCCACAUAUUGCAAGGCCGGUGACAAUAAACAAUUUGAUUCCUCCGUCUUUACCAAGACUGAACACAUACCAGCUUAGACCGCAACUAUCAGAUACUCAUUUAAACUGUCACUUCAAUUCUAAUCCAUACACCACUGCAUCACACGCACCAUUUGAAUCUUCCUACACUACUGCAUCUACAUUUACUAGCCAACCGGCAGCUUCAUAUUUUCCCUCAAAUAGUACCCCAGCUACGAGAAAAAAUAGUGCCACGACUAACCUUCCUUCAGAGGAAAGACGUCGAGUUUCCGUUUCUCUUUCAGAGCAGGUUUUUAACGAAGGCGAAAGAUAUAACAAUGAUGGCCAGUUGAUCGGUAAAACAGGCAAACCUUUAAGAAAUACUAAGAGAGCUGCCCAAAAUCGAAGCGCACAAAAGGCGUUUAGGCAGCGUCGUGAGAAAUACAUCAAAAAUCUCGAAGAAAAAUCAAAACUAUUCGAUGGCUUGAUGAAAGAAAACAGUGAAUUGAAAAAAAUGAUUGAAUCAUUAAAGUCGAAAUUAAAAGAAUAA